AUGUGGAACGCGACGCCGAGCGAGGAGCCGGGGUACAACCUCACGCUGCCGGACCUGGGCUGGGACGCUCCCCGCGACAACGACUCUCUGACCGACGAGCUCCUGCCGCUCUUCCCCGCGCCACUGCUGGCCGGUGUCACCGCCACCUGCGUGGCACUCUUUGUGGUGGGCAUCGCGGGCAACCUGCUCACCAUGCUGGUGGUGUCGCGCUUCCGCGAGCUGCGCACCACCACCAACCUCUACUUGUCCAGCAUGGCCUUCUCCGACCUACUCAUCUUCCUCUGCAUGCCCCUCGACCUAGUCCGCCUGUGGCAGUACCGGCCCUGGAACUUCGGCGACCUGCUCUGCAAACUCUUCCAGUUCGUCAGCGAGAGCUGUACCUACGCCACGGUGCUCACCAUCACCGCGCUGAGCGUCGAGCGCUACUUCGCCAUCUGCUUCCCGCUGCGGGCCAAGGUGGUAGUCACCAAGGGCCGGGUGAAGCUGGUCAUCCUGGUCAUCUGGGCCGUGGCCUUCUGCAGCGCCGGGCCCAUCUUCGUGCUGGUCGGGGUCGAGCACGAGAACGGCACCGACCCUCGGGACACUAACGAGUGUCGCGCCACCGAGUUCGCCGUGCGCUCCGGACUGCUCACCGUCAUGGUGUGGGUAUCCAGCGUCUUCUUCUUCCUGCCGGUCUUCUGCCUCACUGUGCUCUACAGCCUCAUCGGCAGGAAGCUGUGGCGAAGAAAGCGGGGCGAGGGGGCGGUGGGCGCCUCGCUAAGGGACCAGAACCACAAGCAAACCGUGAAAAUGCUGGCUGUUGUGGUGUUUGCUUUCAUCCUCUGCUGGCUGCCCUUCCACGUAGGGCGAUAUUUAUUUUCCAAGUCCUUCGAACCUGGCUCCUUGGAGAUUGCUCAGAUCAGCCAAUACUGCAACCUGGUAUCCUUUGUCCUCUUCUACCUCAGCGCUGCCAUCAAUCCCAUUCUGUACAACAUCAUGUCCAAGAAGUACCGGGUGGCAGUGUUCAAACUUCUGGGAUUUGAACCCUUCUCCCAGAGGAAGCUCUCCACUCUGAAGGAUGAGAGUUCUCGGGCCUGGACAGAAUCUAGCAUUAAUACAUGACCAACCACAUCGCUGAGCAAAGUCAUCGCUUAUUCUAAACCAGAAGCCAUAGCACAGCAGAACUUGGGAAGA